AGCGAGCCGGGCGGCAAGGGAGCGCGGCGGGUCGCGCUGAGGCACGCGGCGCGGGAGGCGCCCCAGCUCCGCCGCAGCCGCUGUCCGGGCCGCAGCGCCGCCCCUCCCCUCCGCUGCUGCGCCCCGUGCGGGGUCCGGGGCGGGGAGCCCGGGAAGGCGCGAGGGCGGACGCCGAGGAGGGCGGAGGGUCCCGCGCGGCCCGUGCGCUCGCUCUCCCGCCGCCUCGCCGGGGCCGCGGCCCGGGGCGCCCGCACUAUGCAGGCGGACUGCCGGCCGCCGCGAUGGCGAGCGGGGCGGCGGUGAGAGCCGGGCGCAGCCCGCGCCGUCCCGGAGCCCGGGCCGCGCUCCCCGCCCCCCGGCCCUGCGCGCCCCCUCCCCGCGCCGCCGCCUCCUUCCCCAUGCCUCUGAUCCUCCUGCUGCUGCUGCUCGACGACGCCGGGGCGCAGCAAGGUGAUGGAUGUGGCCAUACUGUCCUAGGCCCUGAGAGUGGAACCCUCACAUCCAUCAACUACCCGCAGACCUACCCCAACAGCACGGUGUGCGAAUGGGAGAUUCGCGUGAAGAUGGGGGAGAGAGUGCGCAUCAGAUUCGGCGACUUUGACAUUGAAGAUUCUGAUUCUUGUCACUUUAAUUACUUGAGAAUUUAUAAUGGAAUUGGAGUUAGCAGAACUGAAAUAGGCAAAUACUGUGGUCUGGGGUUGCAAAUGAACCACUCAAUUGAAUCAAAAAGCAAUGAAAUUACAGUGCUGUUCAUGAGCGGAAUCCAUGUUUCUGGACGAGGAUUUUUGGCCUCCUACUCAGUUAUAGAUAAACAAGAUCUAAUUACUUGUUUAGACACUGCAUCCAGUUUUUUGGAACCUGAGUUCAGUAAGUACUGCCCAGCUGGUUGUCUGCUUCCUUUUGCUGAGAUAUCUGGAACAAUCCCUCAUGGAUAUAGAGAUUCCUCGCCAUUGUGCAUGGCUGGUGUGCACGCAGGCGUGGUGUCAAACGUCCUGGGUGGCCAGAUCAGUGUUGUCAUCAGCAAAGGCAUCCCGUACUAUGCAAGUUCUCUGGCCAACAACGUCACGUCCGUGGUGGGACACUUGUCUACCAGCCUUUUUACAUUUAAGACCAGUGGGUGUUAUGGAACGCUGGGGAUGGAGUCUGGCGUGAUUGCCGAUCCGCAGAUAACAGCAUCAUCUGUGCUGGAGUGGACUGACCACACAGGCCAGGAGAACAGCUGGAAGCCCGAAAAGGCCCGGCUGAAGAAGCCCGGCCCUCCAUGGGCUGCGUUUGCCACUGACGAGUAUCAGUGGUUACAAGUAGACCUGAACAAGGAGAAGAAGAUAACAGGCAUUGUAACGACCGGCUCCACCAUGGUGGAGCAUAAUUACUACGUGUCGGCCUACAGAAUUCUCUACAGUGAUGACGGGCAGAGAUGGACUGUGUACAGAGAGCCUGGUGUCGAGCAGGAUAAGAUAUUUCAAGGAAACAGAGAUUAUCACCAGGAUGUGCGGAAUAACUUCUUGCCACCGAUUAUCGCACGUUUUAUCAGAGUGAAUCCUACCCAGUGGCAGCAGAAAAUUGCCAUGAAAAUGGAGCUGCUUGGAUGUCAGUUUAUUCCUAAAGGUCGUCCUCCAAAACUUACGCAACCUCCACCUCCUCGGAACAACAAUGACCUCAAAAACACUACAGCCCCUCCAAAAAUAGCCAAAGGUCAUGCCCCCAAAUUUACUCAGCCGCUACAACCUCGCAGCAGCCAUGAACUCCCUGCGCAGACGGAGCAGACGACCACAGCCCCUGACGUCAGGAACACCACCGUGACCCCACACGUGACCAAAGAUGUCGCCUUGGCCGCAGUACUUGUCCCCGUGUUGGUCAUGGUCCUCACCACGCUCAUCCUCAUCCUCGUGUGCGCUUGGCAUUGGAGGAACAGAAAGAAAAAAACUGAAGGCACCUAUGACUUACCUUACUGGGACCGGGCAGGCUGGUGGAAAGGAAUGAAGCAGUUUCUCCCUGCCAAGGCAGUGGAACAUGAGGAGACCCCAGUUCGCUACAGCAGCAGUGAAGUUAACCACCUGAGUCCCAGAGAGGUCACCGCAGUGCUGCAGGCCGACUCGGCAGAGUAUGCACAGCCGCUCGUGGGAGGAAUUGUCGGCACCCUUCAUCAGAGGUCUACCUUUAAACCAGAAGAAGGAAAAGAGCCAGGCUACUCGGACCUCGAUCCUUACACCUCCCCUGGGCAGGAGGUCUAUCACGCCUACGCGGAACCGCUCCCGGUGACGGGGCCCGAGUACGCAACCCCCAUCGUCGUGGACAUGUCGGGGCCCCCCACAGCUCCAGUCAGCCUGCCCUCCACGUCCACCUUCAGAGCUGCGGGGAGCCAGGCUCCCCCUGGAGCGGGAACGUACAACGCUCUUCUCUGCAGGACUGACAGCUGCUCCUCGGCCCGGGCCCAGUACGAUACCCCAAAGGGUGGGAAGCCGGGUCCAAGUGCCCCGGACGAAUCGGUGUACCAGGUGCCACAGAGCGCGCAGGAGGGCUCGGGGCCAGGGAGGAACGGCGAAGGCGAUGUUUUCAAAGAAAUCCUUUGAAGGUGAUGCUGCUUUGUACAAAGCAUCGUUUUAAAGCACAUGGCCUCUUUUUUGUAUUAGUGGUAGUAAUAUAGAAUGUACUACAUAUCUGUCACGGAUUUGGGUGGGGGGAGAGGUAAUGUCCGAGGUACAAGAAACUACUAUCUUGCCAUCUUGCUUUAAAAGCGUUAUUGGGGCACAGUUACUGCUUGCCUGUUAAAUUUUGAACAUCCUGUUGGCUACUACUGUAAAACACUAUUUUUAAUACAGAAAAAGCUUCCUACUAUGCACUUCAAAGAAAUUGCAAUCACUGAGAGUGAGUAUUUCUUUCCAGUGCUGCAGGUACGUUGGUGAACUCCAGACAGCUCUGCAAGGCUGGCUGGCAGCCACACAUGGUACUGUUCUCGAGAUGCUGGUGCCUUGCAACUCUGCUCUAUUUGUGAAAGCUGGGUACUACCGUGAUUUCCUCCUCUUCUGUUCCUGGCUUGCUUUCUGGAUUAUUUUUUAAAUACUUAGUGGUAUAAUCGUUGUUUUGAUUGCAGUCAUGCACAUAUCCAUUUUCCCCUAGGAAGAUCUAUAGCUGGGGACCUCUGGCUUGCAAUGCGCAGGGUGAUUGAUUUUUCACUUUUUGACGCUUAAAAGCUUUAACACCUCACGGUACACAACUGGUCUCAUCUCUACUUGUUCUGCCUGGGGCCCUUGGUGGCCAGCCCCAUGCUUGUGGUUAUAAAAUGAGCUUUCUCAGUGGCUGGUGUUUGCUGUAUCAACCUCGCACAUCCAGGCCCCCUGCUGUCUUUAAGUGCUCUUCUCUGUGUGGAAACAGGAAGGAGUCACAGCUGAGAGAAGCUCUACAGGAGAUUCUCUCCCUCCCUCGCUUUAUCUGCAGUAGGGUUUUUCCGAGGAGAGCUGUGGAAAGUUGAGGGUUGUAGGUGAACAUUGUAACCAAGACCCACUUCUGUUUAUCACAGUGAAAGACAAAAUCAUUCCUCAAAAGUCAUAAAUUACCCUCAAAAAAAAGUAACCAGAAUUUGCCCUCUUUGGUUUCAUAGAUAGAUAGGUUUUUCUUUGAAUCUCAAGGUACUUUAUUAAUUUUAGUCACAUAAAAAAUAUCUUUUAAUUUCCCUUUUCCAUGGUAAACUUUUAUAAGAAAUAUAAACCAGCAUGUGUUCCUCACCUCUACAUGAUGGGGGGUCUGUGGUGGAUGCUGAGACGUCCUGGUGUCACGCCUGGGGGACAGCUGGUGGGGCCUCCUCUCUGGGCAAUGUCCUUGUCACCACUUGCCCAGAACUGGUGAAAGAGAAACCGUCUGCAGCGUAUUAACCUAUUAGUGUAAGAGCUAUCUGUAAAUGUCUGUAACUGGCACGACGAUUUGAGAAGCUGCCCACGUGAUUGAAACGUAUCAAUUUGACCUCCCUCUUCUGUAAACCUUGGUUUAUAGACUCAGUGUUGAAAUGCACGCUGCGGUCAGGUUCUAGUCAUUGCUCUUGGCCUGUGCCACCAGACUGUUGUUGCCAGAAUUUGCUACAUGUGACUAAAGAUGAACAGUGUUCAUUUCGCUUACUUCCAUGAGUAUAUCAGUAUUCUAAAACAUUGCUUCAGAAAUAGAACUGUUAAUUUCUACAGCCUCCCUGCAUUCUGGUUGUAUGAUUUUGGUCUUAUUUUCAUUUGCUUUUCUUUUCCCAACAAACUUUGAGGCAUAAUUUUAUUUACUGAAAAAUCAAUACAUAUUUUGUUCCAAAAUAUUUGAAACAAAAAGCACAGAUGUUGAACUUUUAUUAAAACAUAGAUGAGUGUGUAAGCACAUGUAUUAAUGCAGUCACCCCUUUCAGGUGGGAAGAGAGUAAACCAGUUGCUUUAUUUUUUUAUUCAUCCUUAGUACACAGGAAAUAUACUCUUCCUCAAAUCAUAUGCCUGUUUGAAGCUGUAAGAGAAAUGAUUUCAGCAACUAUUUCAUUUUCCCAAAGAUGCUUGCUCUUUCGUAUGUGUGUGCAUCUGGUUGUUUUCCCAUCAGACUUUGAGAAGCAGGUGUGUUCUUAAAUUAUGCAUGUUUUAAGACUUGAUUUGUGUCACCACUGUGCUGUCCUUGAACUACCAAUGAUUUUUACAAAAUACAUAGUUUUUACUACUUUUAUAUAUUUUACUUUCCAGAUGAAGAGCUGAGCCUGAGACAAGGGUUGUUCUUGUUUUGAACUUUUUCUUUUAGUUGGUUUGUUUUCAUGUUAGAGUUUUGGUUUUGUUAUUUUUUUUACUAUGUUUAUAUGUCUGAUAUAUACACAGCUUUGGAGACAAUCGAGUAACAACUGAAAAUGUGAAAGUAACCAUUUUUUACAAAAUUCCCUUGAAUUUUUUUUCUUUGAAACAUGUAAAAGACUUAAGUCACUGGUUCAUUGGAUUUGAUUUUUUUCCUGUUAAUUAUAAAAAUAGACAGCAGUGCAGCAAGUAUGGCCCGUACAGGUUUCAUGAAAUUACACUGACUUCACUGUUACUUGAUCUUAGGAGCUAGCACAGUUAGAGAUAAGAUAUUGUGAAUGCUGAUUUAUAUUUUAUUAAAAGCUGUAAAUCUAAAUAGACCCUCUUGUAUGUGCAGGGUCUGGUCCAGUUAUUUAAGUUCAUGUUUCACUAUUUGCACUUUGCAUUGAACAAUGGGUUUAUUUGCUGAUGAAAUGGUUCGAGUAGAGAAUUUAUACAGAAAUUGAAAUUAUGACAUUAUGUAUACACUUGCCCUCCCCCCAGGAGGGAGCAGAAAGUGAGCUCAUCUAAAUACGAAUGUGGCCGAGAUUCCCUGGAAAGAGAGAGAGCUUGAACUUCAUUGUCACCGGGAGAGCAAGAGGGCUGUAGAACACCGUGUCAAAUGAGACAGUUAGAAAGAACCAGUAGAUGCUGUGGGACAGUGAAAGCUUUUUAAACUCUCUUAAGAGAAAUCAAGGAAGCUCUACCUAAAAAAAUUACCUGUUAGCUCUGCCUUUCGGUUCUGAACUUGAAGUCCCUAAACUGCAAAAUCUAAAUAAGAGUUGGAUGGUUAUUAAACACUUUAGGUCACCUGUGGCACCAAUCCUCUAAUCCAGUUUGUGCCGAGUUUCUUCUUCAUCCCCUCCUCCUGUUUCCACACUGGGGAGGGUGGAAACCAGACGUGUAUUGAAAUACGUGUUGGAAGAAAAGCGGCCCGAGCGGCAGUGCUAGUCUCCCGGACGGACUUUUCUUACCUCGGUGUGUACUGUCGGCACUCGGUGUCUGUAUAUGUUGCUAGAAUGUAGAUUGUAUAAAUAGUGAGAUUUUAAUGUGUUCAUGUGUUUUUAAUAAAUUGUAUAUAUGUGUCUUGCUCAA